AUGCACCGGCUCCCACGUACAUUCAGGCUGCGGCAACAGCAAGUACCGCCCCGAACGAUAAACCAAUUUCCGCAACGGCGCCUACAGUCCCAGAAAGUGUACAAGCAGAAUGGCGAAGCCUUGCGAUACCAACCAGUGCGGUUCAAGAAGCCAGGUAUUACUUAUCGCCGGCUCAUAACGCAUGGACUCUAUCUUGGUGCUAUAAUAGGAUAUGGCACGAUUCUCUCGAGGUACAUUACUGUCGAGGUGGAAGUACUCGGCGACGAUGGAGAAGAAGAGAGCCAGGAUGCUGGUGCAGGAGAGAGGGAAGAUGACGAGUUUGUGGAAGAAGAUAGCCUCUUCAUACCGAUGACUUGGGCGAAGAAGAUGCCCCGCACAUUCUACAAGGGCUCGGAUCCAGAAUGGCAGGAAUUCAUCAAAAUGGCCAAAGACAAGCAGAGGCAGAAAAAGGUUCAAGACGAGCUUGUGCAAAUCGUACACGGCAGCUCGCAAAAGCAUCCUUUGAUCAGCAAGCAGUUGGGCUCUGGUGCCAAGGUUGGGAAGUACUGGCUAGACAUUUCUUUUCCCGAUGGACCGCCGCAAGAGUACGAGCGCAGUGGACUUGAAUGGGGAGAUGGAUACCUGGCGUGGAGUCGAGAACGUAUCAGUCCAGAGGCACAAUGGCGACUAGCCCGAGCACUGUGGCCCAAGGCCGCGUUUGACUCGUUAUGGGCUAUGACUAAAGUGUUGGCCGGCAUCAACUAUCGGAGAGCCAAGCAGGCAUUGGGCUGGGAAGAGGCCGAUCCGUUCAGUCCCGAAGAGCGGUAUCGACACGCCAUGGAAAUGAUGGAGAAGCAACAGCAAUCGCGCGAACGGAAGGAAGUUGGUAAGGCCCAGCUGGAUCCUAAUGGAAAUCCCAGCGCCGUCGUUGGCGCGUCUUCUAGUCCCGCAGCGCAGCCUUCGCGAUCAGCAGCCGACGAAUCCAAACGAAUUCCAUGGCAAAUACCAGUGCCAAUGCCAGCGACCUCAUCCACGAACUCGACAGACCUUCCCAUAGCUAUGCAUGUCUUUCAAGGCACGCUUGCAAAGCAGUGGAAUCCAUCGAAAAUAGAGCCACCGCGGGGAACGUUUGUUGUUCAAGGACUGGUCGAAGUGCGUGGAGCCCGAGGGCGAAUGCUGUUCGACGUCAAAUCUUUCUACGACCCGAAGGCUGGCAAAUACGUCAGCAUCAACGCUGGCGUGCGGAAUUUUAAACGAUGGAGUCAGGCUCCACGAGGCGGACCAUGA